UUGAGGAGAUAAACAAAAAGGAAGGAAGCUUUGGGUCACACAAUCGCGGCAAAAUCGGUUCAAAUAUUUUGCUUUUAGGCUGCAAUAGUGAUUACAUGGUUGACUGUGUUGUGUAGGUACGCUCUUUUAGCCGUUUACAAUCAUGGGCGACACGAUAAUAUUUCGUAUGAGCGCGUUUUCGGAACAAGGAGGGAGGAAAUACAUGGAGGAUGUUGUCGAUAUAAGGAUUGAGUACGAACCUACAACAUCGCCCGCUGAGGAUGACUCAAAAUCACAAUCUUACGACGGAGAGGACAAACAAAUGAAUGACAGUGAAUCAAACAAACAGAUUACAAACGGCACGCAUGGACAUAAGGUCGAGUGCGGCCAGGCUGCUGCUGCUAUGUGGGUCGAGAGUCUCUCAAACGAGGGCAGCGGUAACAACAGCGCGCCGGGGCAGGACCAGGGCGCCCCACAGCGCAGUGUGCUGGACACCAGAAAAUCCGUGGCAUUUUUUGCCGUGUUUGAUGGCCACGGUGGUCGUGAAGCAGCACAGUUUGCCAGGGAAAACCUAUGGAGUCUAUUAAAACGACAGCGAGGAUUUUGGUCUCACGACCAUAAUGAGGUCUGUGCUGCGCUCCGCAAAGGCUUCAUAGCGUGUCACCACGCAAUGUGGAAAGAACUGCCUGAAUGGCCUAAAACUCUCACAGGUUUGCCCAGCACAUCAGGAACCACAGCCAGUGUUGUGGUGAUCCGUGGAGUUCACAUGUAUGUGGCCCAUGUUGGGGAUUCAGCAGUUGUUGUCGGAGUGAAGGAAAAUGACUCAGACAUUGCCUUGGAGGCCCUUGAGCUGACACAAGAUCACAAGCCAGAACUUCCAAAGGAAAAAGAAAGGAUUGAGAGACUGGGGGGCAGUGUAAUGAAGAAGUCGGGAGUGAACAGAGUUGUGUGGAAAAGACCAAGACUGACUCAUAAUGGCCCCGUGAGAAGAAGUACAGUCAUUGACCAGAUUCCCUUCCUGGCUGUUGCUCGCUCAUUAGGUGAUCUUUGGAGUUACGAUUUCUACAGUGGAGAAUUUGUGGUUUCGCCAGAGCCUGAUACAACUGUGAUGACACUGGACCCCAAAAAGCAUUGCUAUAUCAUCAUUGGCAGUGAUGGGCUGUGGAACAUGAUGCCACCCAAGAAUGCAGUGAAUAUGUGUUAUAGCCACGACAAAAUGGUGGGACCAAAGGCCAUGUCCUGUGCAAGACGCUUGGGUUGCACAGCUCUUCUAUUUUGGAAAGAGCGUAUGCUUCGAGCUGACAACACAACAGUUAUCGUCCUGGCUCUUCAUGAGCGAGGCGGUGCUCCCAUCCCCAUGCACCGAGAUGAGAUUGUUGUGGACAUGGCCACAGGGAUUGACCAUGUCCCAUAUCCCGGAACGACUUAUAACACGUGUGAAGUCCCAAAGAGCAAUGAUAUGACAGUCCCACCCUCCGUUUCUCUGGAGCAGACACUGGGUUUGUAUGAAGCUGCUUUCUGUGCCACUACACAAGCAUUCCCUGACUGUGGAGGAACUAUGCGGCUCUCCCCGGAAGAUUCCCAUAUUGAGAAGCAAGCAUUACCAACCCAAAUAGAGUCCACAUCCUCUUCUCCUCCUUUGAAGCGGUCUCGUCGGUUUCCAUAUAGUAGCAGUGAUGGUAUUGGUCGGCCCUCUAAGAGUUUACUCCAAAAGACUCAUGAGCAAGUACAAGGUGAACCAUCCCAUGAAAAAGUAGAGAAAAGCUCGUCUGAAGAAUGCACUAUUAUGCCCCAGCACCACGAGCUGCCUUGUGUGCGUGCUGAAUGUUAGCAAGAACAAUAACCUGCAUUUUUAGACAUGAUGUCACAUGCUGCAGCCUAAUAUAUAUUUUAUAUGAUCUUUCUGUAAAAAGGUGUAAAACUUGAGAUUAUGGCUGUGUUGCUGUGUUCCUCUCCGUUUUUAUAGUUUUGUUUUUUUGUUUUUUUUAAAUCAUUUUAACACUUCCCUUUUAAAAUUUUACAAAUGGAAGGAAAUGUUAAGGUUUUCAUUUAAUAUCUAUUUUCAUAUAAAAAGUGCUAAUUUACUCAAAAGAUUUAUUUUGAUUAUGUAUUCAGAUCACUUCUUCCACAAUAUUCCCAAAAAAACUUUACUCGAUUGGAGGGUCUUUUUAUGACUGAGCAAGAAAACCGCAGUGAUAAUCAGCAAACCUACAUUUUAAAAAUUUUGUUCAUUUGACAUGGAACUCUUGAUAGGAGUGAUUCAGUUAAAAAAGUUGUUGCGCAUAAGCUAAUCACUCAGGAUAAAUCGAUGUUGUACUGUAAAGAAACUUUCCCAUGUCUGUUUCACAUACUGUCUCCUCGUCAAGCCGUUUUAAGUGUUUGUUUACUGUAUCAAACGAUCUAGCAUAAUACUAUGACCACCUACAUUAUUGGUGCCAGUGGUUGAACAUAACAAAAGAAAGUAGUAAAGUACUGUACUUAAGUAAAAGUUUUAGUUAUCUAUAUUUUACUUAAGUAACUACUAUACUAGUAGUAAUACUUUUUAUUUUUACUUACACUACAUUUGUAAUGUUGUAACUAUUACUCAGUAUCUGUACUUUCUCCUCCAUUACACUUUUAACAGGACUGAAAAGUAGAAGUAUUUUUUAUUAUAGUUUGAGACCUGCUGCAAACAAAACCCCAAACAAAUAAAUACAAAAAACAGCGAGGAAAAAAUUGUAUUGUUUCUGUUGACCAAAAUUCAGCACAAAUCUUUAUCAAAAUCACUACAUUGAUUAGAUCUCAAACUGCACAAAAUACUUUUACUUUAUACUCUUCAAGUACAUUUUUAAACAGGUACUUUGAUACUUUUACUUGAGGUUUUUUUGUUGUUGUGUUUUGUUUUGCUCCGUAUCUGUUUCGUAUCUGUUCUUUGACUUAAGUAACAAAAUUGAGUACUACUUCUAGGACUGACUGGUACACAACAAUACUGGCUUAUAUUGCACCACUCAUGUGGUGUACCUUUAUAGACUGCUGUUCGGUUGGUAUGGUAUGUUGCUAAAUUAAUACACUUUCCCAUUUUCCCACUUCCAGUUGCAAAAUUGUAAUUUUGAGGGCUAAAUGUUUAAAAACACAAAAACUUCCAUUGCUCUGUUCUUGGUAAGCUCUUUCAAGACAAUGUACAAUAUUAAUAGGGCUGCCUUUAUUAAUUCUGGUGGUAAUAGUGUUAUGCCUCAUUAGUAUAUAAAACCGUUUAUUGUAGUGUUAUGUGUGUUUCUUUAGUAAAGCAGAUGAAUAAGCUAUGGGUUAUUCAAAGUGGAGUAUAAGACCUGUGCCUUGUUCAGUUGGCUUUGCUCUCAUGUGUUAACUACAUGAAAUAUAAAAUCUCCUCUUCUUUUUUUAAAUUCCUUUUUUAUUUUUAUUUUUACUUUUUAACAUUUCAAAUGUUAUGGUACCAACACAGAUUCAAGUGCCAGAUUCUAAAAGAUGGUGAAUUAUAAGAAAAAAUAUAUUCAAAGUUUAAUGUAUUUCAAUGGCAGCUGAGUACCUGUUUUGUCUCCAUGUUGUUUGUUGCCUUAGGACAAAUGUGCAUCUGGCCUAAUACAGUAUAACACAUGUGAACAGCUGUGGCCUGGUGUUAAUCACAGAUCAUGCAGUUCGAGUCGUACCACUGACGAUACUGCGUACUAACCCCGGCACUUCCUGUCAAAUGUUUAAUGUUGGUUUUGUACAGUGCUUCAUUAUGCAAAAGAAGUUUGUACAGCACAUCAUUAUGCAAUGUUUUUUCUCUGGAGCAUGCUCAGAUACUAUAUUUAACUGUCCAGAGCCAAUGAAAGUCUAUGGAUUUUUUUUAUAUAUUUGAUGAUAUAUUACGUCCACUUUGCAGAGGAAACUGUUACAUUCUAUAUACAGUGACUGGUUCAGUGUUUGUUGUAAUAAAGUUCUCAUUUUUCACAA